AUGAAAGUUGGCCCGGAUGAUGACGAAUCCGAUGCCGCAAAUCUCGCGGGAAAAGUCCUCAAGAUGAAGUUCUGGGACGAUGAAGAGGGCGGCAAGUGGAAGAAGAAUGUCAUUGAUAUUGAAGGGGAAAUCCUUUGUGUAUCGCAAUUCACCCUUCUCGCGAAUACGAAGAAAGGAAGCAAGCCCGACUUUCACGGCGCAAUGGCUCCGGACCGAGCGAAGGCGCUCUACGAAACCUUCUUCCAAAAUGUUCAACAAGGUUACCAACCAGAAAGGGUCAAGGAUGGUGUUUUCCAGGCCAUGAUGCAGGUGGCUUUAGUUAAUGAUGGUCCGGUGACUCUUGAAUUGAAUACACCGGACAAGAAGGCUCAAUUGAAGCCUCAAAAAGGAAAUAAACUUUCCAAGUUGAAAGGGGCAGAAACUCCGGGGUCGAGUUCCGACGCUGCUUGA